UGAGCGCCUUGAAAAUGGCGGACAGCAGUGAGAGUCCAGAGAGCUGCGUGAGGAGAAGACGCGUCGAAAGCAGAAAGACAGAGACAAAAUCCGCUGACAGCUUUCGACAACAUGGAGCGGACACAGACACAGAGACAGAGACAGAGAAGAGACUCGAGUCCUUACAGACUGGGACUUUCUGGCUCAGCCGGAUCGUGCUGCUGCGCUCCGUCGCCUUUAUUUACUUGGUGGCGUUCAGUGUUGCUUACAACCAGAACAAGCAGCUGAUUGGUGAGCACGGUCUGAUGCCCUGCAAGAGCUACCUCAACAGUGUCAAGCGCUACGUUGGGGGGAAGAUAGGCAUGGCUGCCCUGGCGUACACACCGUCCAUCCUCUGGUUCUUGGACUGGGGCGACAUGGAUGCCAACCUGGACGGCAUCGCCCUGGCGGGGAUGGCUCUUUCGGCGUUUGUGCUGGUGACGGGAAUGGCCAAUAUGGUGAUCAUGGUGACGCUGUGGGUGCUUUACCACUCGCUGGUCAACGUGGGACAGCUGUGGUACUCCUUCGGUUGGGAGAGCCAGCUGUUGGAGACUGGCUUUUUGGCCGUUUUCUUGUGUCCGGUUUGGACUCUGUGCCAGGUCCCCCGCCGCUGCCCCCCGUCCCUCAUCUGCAUCUGGACCUUCAGAUGGCUCAUUGUCCGCAUCAUGCUGGGAGCGGGUCUUAUUAAAAUCAGAGGGGACAAAUGCUGGAGAGACCUUACCUGCAUGGACUACCACUAUGAGACUCAGCCAGUUCCCAACCCCAUGUCCUACUACAUGCACCGCUCCCCAUGGUGGUUCCAUCGCUUUGAGGCGUUGUCCAACCACUUCAUUGAGCUCAUCGUCCCGUUCUUCACCUUCCUGGGCAGGCGGAUGUGCAUGGUCAACGGAGCAAUUCAGAUCCUGUUCCAGGUGGUUCUGAUAGUGAGUGGGAACCUCAGUUUCCUCAACUGGCUGACCAUUGUUCCCAGUCUGGCCUGUUUUGACGAUGCAUCCCUCGGCUUCUUGUUUCGCUCUGGAGGGGGAGCCAAGAAGGCAGUGUUGGACAUACAGGAAGAGGAUGCAGCUGGAUGCACCCCCAAACCCACCAACGGUAUGUUGAUUCGUAAGGUCGCAAACAUUUCUUUGGGCAUUCUGAUUGGCUACCUGAGCGUUCCUGUGGUGAUAAACCUGUUUAGCUCCAGGCAGGUGAUGAACACCUCCUUCGACCCACUGCGCAUCGUGAACACCUACGGGGCCUUUGGCAGCAUCACCAAGGAGCGUACUGAGGUGAUUUUCCAGGGCACUUUGAGUCCUGAUCCCAAGGACCCUGAGGCGGUUUGGGAGGAGUACCAGUUCCUGUGUAAGCCAGGGGACGUUUACCGGAGACCGUGCCUCAUAUCACCGUACCAUUACCGGCUGGACUGGCUCAUGUGGUUUGCUGCCUUCCAGACCUACGAGCAGAGUGAGUGGGUGAUCCACAUAGCCGGACGCCUGCUGUCCAACGACAGCACAGUCCUCUCCCUGCUUGACCAGAACCCUUUCCAAGGCAGAGACCCCCCCAGGUGGGUGCGAGGAGAACAUUUCAGGUACAAGUUCAGCCAGCCGGGCAGUGCUAGCGCAGCGCAGGGGAAGUGGUGGCUGAGAAAACGCAUCGGAGCCUACUUCCCUCCCGUGGACCUGGAAGCACUCAGGGGCUACUUCCAGUCCAGGAACUGGCCCCACCCACAUAUACCACCAUACAGGAACUAGAGACACGACCUCCGACAGCAUCACCUAAAGAGAAAUCGGAGGACUACAGGAGUUGAUUUCUGAGAGAGCUCAGUUUCAGCCUGACACUGCUGGAGUUGAAUAAAUGUUACAAGGAAGGACCAAGGAUCCCAUUGGGUUUUUCAGAUCGCAAUUUUUCAUGAAGAACUGCUUAAUAAAACCUUUCCUGAAAUCCUGACAUUUAUUCCCAAACAAUGUGAUGAUUUUUUAGGAUUUCUCUUAGGGAUCUAUUUUCAGUGAUUACAAAUAAAGGGCUUAAUUUCUGUAUGUUGUAUCUUAUAAAACACCCUCAGUUAACGCCAAAUUUAAGUAUUCAAACGGAUCUGCCCAACGGGGUCCAGACACACUGACCAGUUUGCCAUCAAAAAGAAUAUUUCUGGAUAGGCUGAGCAUUUUUGGGCUGUUGGUGUGCCACUUAACAUCUGACUGGCUGAGCUGCAGGUUCAGAACAGGUUCAGCUAAGCUGGUUUAAAACACUGCUGCGUAUAUCGACUGGGAUUCGCUUCCUGUGUCAGAACAAGCACAGGCAGGUGACUGAGUCCGGCGGGCUGGAAAACCAACAAAACUGAGGAGAAGAAAGACCCAACGGGAUAUUUACUAUACAUGGAGUGUCCGCGGUCUGCCAGCCACAUUACAAAGACAG